AGAUGUCAGUAGAUAUCAUACAUUUCACUCUUAAUCUGUGACAUUGCAUUCACACUUUAAUUGCUCCGUUGAGUUAUUCUUCUCAAGCCUCAAUUGUCAGGCAGAACUAGUGACUUGCAACUUUAAAGUACUUUGAACUUUAAACUUAAACUCUAGGUUCAAAUUUCAGAUAGCAACAGGAGACUGAAUCCCCACUGAUGAUUCAGUGCAUUUUAACACAGUUGUUCUGACCCCAGCUUUUCUACUGAGAUCAAGAGGAAUGCUGUUGUGAGCUGACUCAUUACUCUUGCAAUCUUCCUGAGAGUAGUCAGUGGGAGCGAGACUUGAAUAAGAUAGACAGAGUAAAAGAUGGGAGGCAAAUCCUUCUGCCUUGUGGUGGCUUUGGCUUUGAUAGCCUACUACAUCUACAGCCCUUUACCAGAGAAUGUGGACGAACCCUGGAAGCUGAUGCUUUUAAAUGCUGCCCUUAGAAUCGUAGAACAUGGGGGCAUGAUUGUGGAGAAGUUGGGUCUUGCACACUAUAUGGAUGUUCUAAUGAUGAUCACAAAUAUCCAGUAUACACCACCUGCAUCUGAUGAAAAGGUUACUGUAACAGAGGCAAAAUUUAACCAUGUUCCAGUACGUCUUUACAUCCCUACAGAGCAGUCAGAUGUCUUGAAAAGAGCUGUGAUUUACAUUCAUGGAGGUGGAUGGUGUAUAGGAUCAGCAACCAUGAAAUCCUAUGACCUCUUAUCAAGAUGGACAUCAGAAAGACUAAAUGCUGUUGUGGUGUCAGUCGAUUAUAGACUGGCCCCCAAAUAUCGUUUCCCGGUUCCAUUUGAAGAUGUGUACUCAGUAGCAAAGUAUUUUCUACAAAGCAGCAUUCUUGAGAAAUAUAACGUAGAGCCAAGCCGAAUCUGCAUUGCAGGAGACAGUGCAGGAGGUAAUUUAGCUGCAGCUGUAACCCAGAAGCUUCUAGAUGACCCUGAUGUCAAAGUUAAAUUCAAGAUUCAAGCUUUAUUUUACCCUUUUCUUCAGACUGUUGAUCUGGAAUUGCCUUCCUAUCAGGAUAAUAAAAACAUGCCAGUUCUGACUAAAUCAUUAGUGAUCAGAUUCUUGAGUGAAUAUAUUUCAUCAGAUGACUCUCUUUUCAAAGUUCUGGAAACCAACCAACAUGUUCCUGCAGAGUUCAACCAUCUUUUUAAAUUUGUAAACUGGAGUCACUGGCUACCUGAAAGAUUUAAAAAAGGACACAUUUAUACUGCCCCAUCACAUGGAAAUUCCAAAAUUGGACAAAAAUACCCUGGAAUCCUGGAUCCAAGAACAGCACCACUUUUAGUCGAUGACAUCAAGCUUCAGGGCUUACCACUCACAUAUGUCAUUACUUGUCAACAUGAUGUCUUGAGAGAUGAUGGAAUCAUUUAUGUCUCACGACUUAGGGAAGCAGGAGUUCCAGUAAUACAUGAACAUGUUGAGAAUGCUGUUCAUGGUGUUCUAACGUUUAUUGCAGGUCCUGUCAUCCUAAAUGUAGGACAUAGAAUGGCUAAUAACUACAUUGAGUGGCUAAAUAAGAAUCUAUGAAAACACAGAUCAUCUGAAGACAGUUGUCUUGGAUUCAUUUGGUUUUGUUCAAUUUAUAUUACAUUUCAGGGACAUUAUCUUUUUGAUCAAUACUUUUGACACUGUAAUUCUGCAGUUACCAUACUUGACACAGAAUCUCUUGUUUCCUUCUGUCUGAAUAAGUAUGAGAAGCUUGGUAGAGUAUGUGGGAGGCUUGUAUCACCAUCAAAUUAUUAAUAAUUUAAAAUGAAAAAUAAAACUUUUGACUAUUUCAUGUGUGAAA